UGUCUAUAACCAGUGAAUCAAAUCUCUCUCUCUUUCUCCUUUUUCGUCCUUCGCUCACGUUUUUCUUUCUCUCUCUCUUUUCUCCUUUUCUCUCUCAGAGUUUCAGAACAGAAAGCAAAUCAUUCACAUUUCAAUCUAAGCCAAACCCUAGCUCGGUGAUCGUCGAAGUUAGUUACAAACUUUUCUUCUCGAUUUUCUUGGAAAGAGUUUCUUUUGAGAUUUUCUCGCUGGUUUUCGCUUUUUCUCGGGAGUUUUUUUCCUUUCGCUGGCGGAACCACGCAGCGUUUAAAGGUGAGAGAGACUUGUGCUGUAUGUCAGUGGAUUGUAUUGAGACUUAUUUCGGUGGAAUUGGCGAGCUUGCGAACCCAUUACAAUGGCCCCAGCUUCGCAAAAGACGACGGGUGGUUCUUCUCCCUGUUGCUUCCCAUCCUCCGAUUCUGCUCCCAUUCACCGUGACGCCACCGCCUCCUCCCUUGUUGCUGUCUCCGCUGCUCCAGCCAGUGACGGCGCUGUCGUUUCGGCUAAUGCCGUUCAGGAUUGGACUAUAUCCUCCACCGACCUACGCGAUGAUCAGCGCACAAAGAAGAUCGCUAUGUCCUCCUUGAUUUCCGAACCUUCCACCACUCUUUCAACUAAAGGGAUCCCAAUCAUGUUAAGAGCUCAGUCGAGCCAUCCUUUGGAUCCUCUUUCCGCAGCUGAGAUCUCAGUGGCAGUUGCGACGGUCAGGGCAGCAGGAGCCACCCCUGAGGUCAGAGAUAGUAUGCGCUUUGUUGAGGUGGUUCUGCUUGAGCCAGAUAAACAUGUUGUUGCCUUAGCAGAUGCAUAUUUCUUCCCACCUUUCCAGCCGUCAUUGCUUCCAAGAACAAAAGGUGGACCUGUGAUUCCCAGCAAGCUCCCUGCAAGGCGAGCUAGACUUGUUGUUUACAACAAGAAGUCGAAUGAGACAAGCACAUGGAUAGUCGAGCUCUCAGAAGUACACGCUGCAACUCGUGGAGGGCACCAUAGGGGAAAAGUGAUUUCCUCACAAGUAGUUCCGGAUGUGCAGCCUCCCAUGGAUGCUGUGGAAUACGCUGAAUGUGAAGCUGUUGUGAAAGACUUCCCUCCUUUUAGAGAGGCUAUGAAGAAGAGAGGUAUUGAAGACAUGGAUAUUGUGAUGGUUGAUGCCUGGUGUGUUGGCUAUCACAGUGAUGCUGAUGCUCCUAGUCGUAGGCUUGCUAAGCCACUGAUAUUCUGUAGAACUGAAAGUGACUGCCCUAUGGAAAAUGGUUAUGCAAGGCCAGUUGAGGGAAUUCAUGUAGUUGUUGACAUGCAAAACAUGGUGGUGAUAGAGUUUGAAGACCGCAAACUGGUACCCUUACCUCCUGCCGAUCCUCUGAGGAAUUAUACUCCUGGUGAAUCAAGAGGUGGUGUUGAUCGAAGUGAUGUGAAGCCUUUACAAAUUAUUCAGCCUGAAGGUCCAAGCUUUCGUGUCAAUGGGUACUUUGUUGAGUGGCAGAAGUGGAACUUCAGGAUUGGAUUUACUCCCAGGGAGGGUUUAAUCAUAUAUUCUGUGGCCUAUGUUGAUGGUAGUCGAGGGAGAAGGCCUGUAGCCCAUAGAUUGAGUUUUGUGGAAAUGGUUGUGCCGUAUGGAGAUCCAAAUGACCCACAUUACAGAAAAAAUGCUUUUGAUGCAGGGGAGGAUGGCCUUGGUAAAAAUGCACAUUCUCUUAAGAAGGGAUGUGAUUGUUUGGGCUAUAUCAAGUACUUUGACGCCCACUUCACAAAUUUCACUGGAGGUGUUGAAACUAUAGAGAACUGUGUAUGUUUGCAUGAAGAGGAUCAUGGACUUUUGUGGAAACAUCAAGAUUGGAGAACUGGUUUAGCUGAAGUUCGAAGGUCUAGGCGUUUGACAGUGUCUUUCAUUUGCACUGUCGCUAAUUAUGAGUAUGGAUUCUUCUGGCAUUUCUAUCAGGAUGGGAAAAUUGAGGCAGAAGUUAAACUUACUGGCAUACUUAGUUUAGGAGCACUCCAGCCUGGAGAAUUUCGAAAAUAUGGUACCAUGAUUGCACCUGGAUUAUAUGCGCCAGUUCAUCAACACUUCUUUGUUGCUCGUAUGGAUAUGGCUGUUGACUGCAAACCUGGUGAAACUUACAAUCAGGUCGUAGAGGUGGAUGUUAAAGUAGAAGAACCUGGGGAGAACAAUGUUCACAAUAAUGCAUUCUAUGCCGAGGAAACACUUCUUAGAUCUGAAUUAGAGGCAAUGCGUGACUGUAACCCUUUGGCUGCUCGCCAUUGGAUUGUAAGGAACACCAGAACUGUUAAUAGGACUGGACAUUUCACAGGCUAUAAGCUAGUGCCUGGUUCAAACUGUUUGCCAUUGGCUGGUCCUGAGGCCAAGUUUUUGAGAAGAGCUGCUUUUUUGAAGCAUAAUCUUUGGGUUACUCCAUAUGCACGUGGUGAGAUGUAUCCCGGGGGAGAGUUUCCAAAUCAAAAUCCCCGUGCUGGAGAAGGUCUGGCCACUUGGGUUAAGAAAAACCGAUCAUUGGAGGAGACAGAUAUUGUUCUUUGGUACGUGUUUGGAAUCACACAUGUUCCUCGGCUGGAAGACUGGCCUGUCAUGCCGGUGGAGCGCAUUGGCUUUAUGCUUAUGCCUCACGGUUUCUUUAACUGCUCGCCGGCUGUUGACGUCCCGCCAAAUGCAUCCGAGUUGGAUACCAAAGAAGACGGCAAAGAUGCUGGAGUUGUGAAGCCAAUUCCGAAUGGGCUAUUGUCAAAACUUUGAAGAGAUGUCUGUCACUAUACUUUGCACUACUAGCAACAUCUCAGAUUCCCUUUGUUUGUUUAGUUUAGUUGUGUUUGACUUUUGAACUUAGGGUCACACCAGAUGUGGUGAUCUCUUCUAGAAUUUGUUUUUCCUGUUUCGUUUACAACUUAAUUUGGCCCGUCUUUUAUGAAUAAAAUCGAACUGGAUUUGCUUUCAACUUAAA